AAUAAAUACCCUAAAUAACAUACAUUUGAAAUAACAUUCAAUGAAAUCUAUCUAUCUUAAUUGUCGUUCAAAAAUUUCUUGUAAUGAGGGAGCGCUAUGCAGUCGAGUUUGAGAAGCAAGAUAAUGUGGAACCCAACACAGAAGAUGAUAACAACAAUUACAUUUUUGAAAAAAUAGCAGUGGUCGUGUCAUGGAUUUUUGUAGUAGUUUUCCUUCCUUUCUCGCUGUGUUUUUGUCUGAGUAUAGCCUUUGAGUUCCAAAGACUUGUGAUAUUCCGAUUGGGUCGUAUUAGGAGCUGCUUAGGACCAGGCCUAGUUUUUCAGCUUCCCUGCAUAGAUUCGUUUAAUACGGUGGACAUUCGCACCGAUGUGGUUAAUGUGCAUCCCCAGGAGAUGCUCACCAACGACUCGGUGACGAUCACAGUGAACGCAGUGGUGUUCUACUGCAUCUACCAUCCAAUCAACUCGAUCAUCAAGGUGGACGACGCCAAGGAUGCCACCAAAAGGAUCUCCCAGGUCACCCUUCGCAACAUUGUGGGUUCGAAGAGACUCCACGAACUUCUGGCAUCCAGACAGCAGCUUUCCCGGGAAAUCCAGCUGGCAGUCGCAAAGAUCACAGAACAAUGGGGCGUGCGCGUAGAACGAGUGGACAUGAUGGAGAUAGCUUUGCCAAGUAGUCUGGCGCGAUCAUUGGCCACCGAAGCGGAGGCGACGAGGGAGGCCAGGGCCAAGAUCAUUUUGGCCGAAGGAGAAGCCAAAGCCUCGAAGGCUUUGAAAGAAUGCUCUGAUGUGAUGUCGGAUAACCAAAUUACCCUACAACUAAGGCAUCUGCAGAUUCUCUGUUCUUUGGCAAAGGAACACCGGAUUAAUGUGCUUUUCCCUAUCCCCUUGGAAAUUAUGGAACCGUUUAUGGAUGGAAAGGACUCGUCGGAAACAGCACAAGAUGAUGACGACAGGAGGGAUAGCGAUGACGAAUAUGAUUACUUACAUUUAUUUUCACCAAAAGUUUAUAUCAAUGACUCUCCCCCGGAUUUCCUCAAUGAUGCCCAAACAGAUGGCACACCUAAAACCAAGGAGAACGCGGACGAAACCAAACCGCCGCGUUCUUGGCUGUGGCCUCCAUUCUUCAGACCCUCGCGAGCUGGCAAUGAUGGCGAACAACCAUCUAGCAGUCGACGAGUUCGUCCGGAAAGUGGUCAGCCGUCGCCUAGAUCCAAUCGAACAGAUGAUGGAAUCGAACCCUAUCCACUUCUGACCAAGCCACCACCCCGUCCCAGUUCUCCUGCUACUAAGCCUUCCUCCAUUCCGAUUCCCCCGCGUCCUGAUCCUCCCUCACUGCCUCCGGUGCCGUCUCACCCGAAGCUGCCUCCCAUUCCUCCACAUCCAACUCUUCCUCCCAUUCCGGAACGUCCCGUACCGCCACCCAAAGCCACUUCUCCUCCACCUCCGGACAAGGAUCCAAAAGUACCAAAGGCCGACAAAAAUUAUUACUUUUAAGACUGGGAUCUUCUUUUAGAUAGAAAAUGCUUAAUACGGAUGUUCAUAUCCUUCGAGUAAAGAGUAUUUUUCAGGGUUUAUCAAAAAACUCAACACAAUUAA